AUGAGUACGGAAGAGACUCUGUUGAAUCUCGAUUUCGACAAACCAAACACAACAAUUACGCCGCCCGAUGACGGUGUGGUAUCUUUGUCGAGUAGUUCGGAGGAGAUUUGUUUAGUGCCAGAGGUCGGGUUCGAGGGCAACGUGGAUUCGCCAGGGGUGAACAGAGAGUCGCAGCCGCUGCUCGGCGGCCGCGGCGACUUCGAGGUUUCUUUCAAUCAUUUUCCAGAUGACCCGCAAUUCAGCGAGUUGGUAUGGCAAGCGGAGGUGGCCAUCGACAAUGGAAUAUUCCCGGAGAGGAUAUACCAGGGCUCCAGUGGGUCCUAUUUCGUCAAAAAUCCUGGAGGGAAAAUCGUAGGAGUUUUUAAACCAAAGGAUGAGGAGCCGUAUGGUCGUCUAAAUCCAAAGUGGACGAAAUGGAUGCACAAAUUGUGCUGCCCCUGUUGUUUCGGGCGCUCCUGCCUGAUACCCAACCAGGGGUACCUUAGCGAGGCGGGCGCCAGCCUCGUCGACUCCAAGAUAGGCCUCAAGAUCGUGCCAAAAACUAGGGUGGUGAAGCUAGUGUCCGAAACGUUCAACUACCUGCGGAUAGACCGCGAGAGGUCGCGACUCAAGCGGGCCAUCACUGAACAGUUUCCCAAUCUACGCUUCAACAGAAUGGGACUACCGCCUAAGGCGGGGUCGUUCCAGCUGUUUGUAGAGGGAUACAAGGACGCAGACUACUGGCUGCGACGCUUCGAGCAGGACCCACCGCCGCCACAUGUCAUGAGGAAAUUCCAGCUCCAAUUCGAGCGACUAGUAGUACUAGACUACAUCAUCCGGAACACUGACCGCGGGAAUGACAACUGGCUCAUCAAGUACGACUCGCCCGGUCUACAACCGCCACACGGCGAUAUAGACCUUAGAGACCCCUCCGAGUGGCGCGGCGCCGAGGUCCGUAUAGCAGCGAUAGACAACGGGCUGGCGUUCCCGUUCAAGCACCCUGACUCCUGGCGCGCCUACCCCUACCACUGGGCCUGGCUGCCGCAGGCCAAGCAACCAUUCAGUCAUGAGACCAAGGAGCUAGUACUUCCAUUGUUAUCCGACAUGAACUUCGUGCAAGAGCUGUGUGACGAACUUCAUGUACUUUUCAAACAAGACAAAGGCUUCGACAAAGGUCUAUUCGAGCGUCAGAUGUCAGUGAUGCGCGGCCAGGUAUUGAACCUGACACAAGCGCUCAAGGACAACAAGAGUCCCGUGCAACUCGUACAGAUGCCCGCCGUCAUCGUCGAGAGAUCAAAGAGCGGGUCGACAUCGUCCCGUUUCUUCGAUUCGUUCCAGCAACGCUUCCAGCAUAAGUCGCCUUUCUUCUCCUGGUGGUGA